AGGACAUUGGUAGUGUGGGACUGAGGCAGGGGGAUGGAUGACAGGGAGGCUGGGCUGGUAAACCCCCAGGCCUCCUCCCUGCCUCCAGCCUAGAGAGCCUGGGAGAGCUUUGCUUGGAACCAGAUUCUGGGAUCCAGUCCUGUGUGGAGGAAUGGGGCUCUUUGCUAACUCUCAGUUUUACAGCUUCCACCUGCUAUUGCGCCCCACACGCACGCAGUCCUGGCCUGUGGCUAGACCACAUUUUAGGGUGUGUAUUGGGGCAAUUGGCCUGGAGUGACCACACCCCCUCCUACCGUUGAGUCAUUACCCCUCUGGCUAGCCUCCCCCCCCAUCCCCAGUUUCCUCCUCUGCUGGGAGGGGCUGCCUGGCUGUGAAGGGUAGAGGAACACGUUUCCCCUGGAGCUGUGAGAAAGCGACUGUCUUUACAGGUGGAGCGCUCCAGGAGCAGGAGGGUCUGAGUCAGAAGCAUCUCUGAGACUGGAGAGUAGAGGGGGAUUUCGAUCUGUUGCCCUGCCUGUGUCCGUGAGGAGGACAGGGGAGCUCCCCAAACAGGGGACCCAACAGUGACCCAUCCCUUUCAAGUUUUGAGGCUGGGAGCCGGGCAGGGCCUGGGCUUCUCUGUUCGUGCCCCAGAGAAGAAGGCCUAGAGGGACAGCUGGUGACAGGAGUGAGUGAUGUGGGCGUCCUCUCUUUUCCUCCACCCUGGGGGCCCUGGAGUAUGAAUGAAGAGGGGAAGACCCAGGCGCUGGGGAAGACGUAAGGAGAAGAAAGGCGGUUUUGGAAGGGAGAGUAUUCUUAUGGGCUUGGAAUGAGUUCUUCAAGCAAUUCUGCGCUGAAAAGAGUCAAGUCUGGGGGUGGUGAGUGGCCCCAGAGCACAGCAGAAACCAAAAGGGGAAAGGACGGGCUCAGCAACCUAAGAACGGAGAGUCUAGAGCAGAGCUUGGAGCCAGCCUACUUCCUACCCAACUCCUUUCAAUGAAUUCCUUACCUGGCCCAGCCCCUGGUUACCUGGAUCUGAGUGAUAUGUCCCCACCCAGGCACCCCACGGCAACAGGCAUUUAACAUGGGCUGAGAAGCUGGACUUGCACAGAGGGCUGGCAGAAAUGGGCCCCUGGCUGAGUCCUAGUCAGCCGGUGGCAGCAAGGAGAGGCCUGGGCGUCUGGAGACGGGCUAGGACGGAGCAGUUCUGGAGUGAGUGACUAGGCCGGAGCCCUACCUGCCUGGCCCACCAUGGUCCAGAGGCUGUGGGUGAGCCCCCUGCUACGGCAUCGGACAGCCCAGCUCCUGCUGGUCAACCUGCUGACUUUCGGCCUGGAGGUGUGCCUGGCUGCUGGCAUCACCUACGUGCCACCCCUGCUGCUGGAAGUGGGGGUAGAGGAGAAGUUCAUGACCAUGGUGCUGGGCAUCGGUCCAGUGCUGGGCCUGGUCUCGGUCCCACUACUCGGCUCAGCCAGUGACCACUGGCGUGGACGCUAUGGUCGUCGGAGGCCCUUCAUCUGGGCACUGUCCCUGGGCGUCCUGCUGAGUCUCUUUCUCAUCCCGAGGGCUGGCUGGCUGGCGGGCCUGCUGUGCCCGGACACCAGGCCCCUGGAGUUGGCACUGCUGAUCCUGGGUGUGGGGCUGCUGGACUUCUGUGGCCAGGUGUGCUUCACUCCACUGGAGGCCCUGCUCUCUGACCUCUUCCGGGACCCGGACCACUGUCGCCAGGCCUUCUCUGUCUACGCCUUCAUGAUCAGUCUCGGGGGCUGCCUGGGCUACCUCCUGCCUGCCAUUGACUGGGACACCAGUGCCCUGGCCCCGUACCUAGGCACCCAGGAGGAGUGCCUCUUUGGCCUGCUCACUCUCAUCUUCCUCACUUGCGUGGCAGCCACACUGUUUGUGACUGAGGAGGUAGCACUGGGCCCAGCUGAGCCAGCAGAAGGGCUGUCGAUCCCCUCCAGACCGCCCCACUGCUGCCCAUGCCGCGCCCGCCUGGCUUUCCGGAACCUGGGCACCCUGGUUCCCCGGCUGCACCAGCUCUGCUGCCGUGUGCCGCGCACCCUGCGCCGACUCUUUGUGGCUGAGCUGUGUAGCUGGAUGGCGUUCAUGACCUUCACGCUGUUUUACACGGACUUCGUGGGCGAGGGGCUGUACCAGGGUGUGCCCAGGGCUGAGCCAGGCACCGAGGCCCGGAGACACUACGAUGAAGGGGUCCGGAUGGGCAGCCUGGGGCUGUUCCUGCAGUGUGCCAUCUCCCUGCUCUUCUCUCUGGUCAUGGACCGGCUGGUGCAGCGGUUCGGCACCCGGGCGGUAUAUCUGGCCAGCGUGGUGGCUUUUCCUGUGGCUGCUGGUGCCACAUGCCUGUCCCGCAGCGUAGCCGUGGUGACCGCCUCAGCAGCCCUCACUGGGUUCACCUUCUCUGCCCUGCAGAUCCUGCCCUACACGCUAGCUUCCCUCUACCACCAUGAGAAGCAGGUGUUCCUGCCCAAAUACCAAGGAGAUGCUGGCGGUGGUACCAGUGAGGACAGCCUGGUGACCAGCUUCUCACCGGGGCCCAAGGCUGGCCCCCCCUUCCCCAACGGACACGUGGGUGCUGGAGGCAGCGGCCUCCUCCCAUCUCCACCCACACUCUGUGGGGCCUCUGCUUGCGAUCUCUCCAUGCGUGUGGUCGUGGGCGAGCCACCGGAGGCCACCAGGAUUAUUCCAGGCAGGGGCAUCUGCCUGGACCUCGCCAUCCUGGACAGUGCCUUCCUGCUGUCCCAGGUGGCCCCAUCACUGUUUAUGGGCUCUAUCGUCCAACUCAGCCAGUCUGUGACUGCCUAUAUGGUAUCAGCUGCAGGCCUGGGUCUGGUUGCCAUUUACUUUGCUACGCGGGUAGUAUUUGACAAGAGUGACUUGGCCAAAUACUCAGUGUAGAGUACUUCCUACCCUCUGAGGGAGGGCCUGCCUCACUGGGAUCCAGGUCCCCCUAGUCCAUGCUCCAGUUAGCCCCUUAGGGCUACAGGGCUGGCCUCCCAGUGUCUGUUGCUGCCAAAGUGGUGAGGCUCUCUUCUGCCACCCUGUGGCGUUGAGGUGCAUAGCUGCACAGACAGGGCACCAGAGCUUCCCUCUCACCUCUGCCCAGUCUUUAGGGCUGGUAGCUCUCCAAAUGGGCUUCAGUCUGGACUUCUAUAGGGAGAGAAGGGCGGAGCAUUUGAUUAGCACCCUGCACUGGAAUGCAGGACCUUUAGGGGGUUACCCAGGCUAAGGGUUAACAGUGUCCUGGUCAAAACAUACCUAAAGAAUGGAUUUGGGGAGCUGAGUAAACUCAGCCACCAGGUCUCCCAUCUCCAAGCCCCCAUAUCCUGUAGGUUCCCCCAGUGUUGCUCUUGCGUGGGAGUUUCUAGUGUGAAACUCUCCUCCACAGGAUUUGAGAGGAUGAAAGUUACUUGGGGGGCCGAGUCUUGAGGGGAGAAGGGAUGCUGCCUGGCCCCGCAGUACUGCCUUCCCGCCGAGUCCCCCAGCCCUAUGUUUUAUCAUGGCUUGUUGGCCCCUGCGUCACCAUCCUAGGGACACAGGCCUUUAAAUAUUUAACUUAUUUAUUUAACUAAGUAGAGGGGUGGUGACAUCCCCAACAACUGGGUCCCCUGAGAUGGCUGGCUAUGGGGCUAAGUGUUGCCAGAAUCUCCUCCUCCUGGAGUGACUGGUCUGGCCCCAAAACUGCCUAACCCGGGAGCUUGGAAGCUCUGCUCACCCGAGCUGAUAGCCCAGUUCCUCUUACCCAAGGCUACGGGAAGGCGGAGGGUGGGCUCCAGGUCCCCGCCACCGCCCUAGCCUUCCUCCUCUCGGCCUCGCCUGCCCUGCCCCACUCUGUGCUCCCUCAAGGGCUGGGCUGAUGAAGGAGCUGCCCACCCCCUACGGGCUCCACAGCCCUCUCUUUGGGGCUGUUCUCGAACCAGAAGCACCCAGUGUGGCUCCUCGAACCUUUAUCUGUCUCAGCCCCCAGGGCAUAUCUGUGCUUGGUGACUCUUGCACAAAAUCUCAGGAGCACCCCCUGCGUGGGCUUAGGAGGUCUGAUCUCUGGGGGGAGGUUUAAGUGCCGUUUGCAAUAAUGUCAUGUCUUAUUUAUUUAGUGGAAUAAAUAUUUUAUACUGUAUAUGAGCAAUCAGAGUAUAAUGUUUAUGGUGAUAAAAUUAAAGGCUUCUUAUAUGUUUAA